ACCAACAAAGCAAUUUCUUUUCCUUUUGUUACAAAUAAAAUUUGCUUUUUAAAGCUCACCCAUAUAAUUCCCACUCAUUAUCUUUGUUGCUUAAAGCUUGCCCUCCUCCCUUAUCCCCUCUCUCUCUCUCCCUCUCUAGAGCUAGCUAGCUCCAUCAACACCUCCUCGAAUGCGAAAGGAAUUCCAGGGAGUGAGAGUGUGUGUGAGGGAGAGAGAGAGAGAGUAACAGAAACAGUAGACCCACAGAGAGAUUAAACAAAGAGGGUCUUUCACAGUUUCUCAUAAAAAGCAUUAGAGUGUUUUAUUUCAUGUGAUCAUGGAAGGAGGUGAUGAUCAUCAGCUCCACCACCACCGCCCCAACUUCCCUUUCCAGCUCCUAGAAAACAAAAAGGAAGAAGAAGCUGCUUGCUCUUCCACUUCUGGUGGCGCGUACCCCUCACUCGCCACCUCCACCAACCUCCAAAUCGCCGCCGAGCCCUCGAAAAAACCGCCGCCAAAGCGAACCUCCACCAAAGACCGCCACACCAAAGUGGACGGCAGAGGGCGCCGCAUCCGCAUGCCCGCCCUCUGCGCCGCCCGCGUCUUCCAGCUCACCCGCGAACUCGGCCACAAAUCUGAUGGCGAAACCAUCGAGUGGCUCCUCCAACAGGCUGAACCCGCCGUCAUCGCCGCCACUGGCACCGGCACCAUCCCGGCCAACUUUACCUCCCUCAACAUCUCUCUCCGAAGCUCCGGCUCCAGCAUGUCGGUCCCCUCCCAACUCCGGUCCACGUAUUUUAAUCCUAACUUCUCCAUGCCACAACGUAGCAGGAGUUCUUUGUUUCCGGGCAUCGGACUAUCGCCAGAGAACUCCUCGCCGCCGUCCACGACGCUACUUAAUUUUCAGUCUAACAAUCUAAACCCCAUCUUGCAAGCGAAGCCGGAACUUCGCGACAACUCACUGGACUUAUCAGAGGCGGAGGAGGGUUUGGGGCGGAAGCGGAGGUCAGAGCAGGGCUUGUCACAACACCAAAUGGGUAACUAUUUGGUGCAGUCAAGCUCUGGGGCGAUUCCGGCAAGCCACGGCCAGAUGCCGGCGAAUUUUUGGAUGGUGGCGAAUUCAAAUAACCAAGUGAUGAGUGGAGACAACCCAAUUUGGACAUUACCAUCGGUAAAUAAUAGUACAGCUUUGUACCGGGGAACUAUGUCUAGUGGAUUGCAUUUCAUGAAUUUUCCUACUCCGGUGGCUCUCUUGCCAAGCCAGCAGCUUGGUGGCUCCGGCUUCGGUGGCAGCGCCGGCAGCAUGAGCGAGGGGCACCUGGGCAUGCUCGCCGGACUCGGUCCAUAUCGCCCGGUCUCAGGUUCCGGUGUUUCAGAAUCGCCGGCAAGCGGGUCCCACGGUGGAGGUGACGAUCGGCAGGACACAACUAGUCACCACUCAUAGGAUGAUGGAUCGGCGGCGUUGUGUAUAUCCUCCUCCGGCAGGUACUCUUGUGUAGUUUGAUGUGUAACACACGUGAGGUUUGAUCCAUAUUGCCCUAAAUUUGAUGAGUUCAAUAUUUCAAUUUUUUUUCCUUUUUCUUUUUUCUUUUUGUGUGUGCGUGUGUGUGUGUGAUCAAUUGAUCUGGGUUUAGGGUGGGUUUGAUGAUGAGAAGAAAACUAAACAUGGGUAUUUGGCUGCUGCUGCUGCUGGUUUUGCUAGAGUCUCCUCCCCUCCAUUUCCCCUUUGUUUUACCACACAAUAUAUCUUGUGAGCAUAUCAUUGUUUGUGCAA